UAUUGCACGUUGACUAGCGAUCAGUUGGACGAUGAGAGGCCAAUGAUAAGCGAUGCAAUACCAUGGAAGCGGACAGGCCUCCGGAGCAGUGACGAUCCGCUACCCGGUAAUAAUCGAUCGUGUAGUUCGCACGCCUCAAAAGUCAACUCACGCGACCCCGUGCCAUGCAGGAAAGAAACCGGUUCCAAGGACCAAUCUCUGGUACGAAUGACCCGUUUAGGAAAUCCGGUCGGCUUGAUUAUUGAUCUCAGUUGGGACUAA